UAGAUGCACUGUAUUGUUAAAAUCAAAAGACGAUUCUCUUCUCUCAGUCUUUCUAUCAACUUUCUCCAUUCCGUUCAAACCGUUUUAUCAUUAUAGAAACUGAGACACCGCAAAUCGCAACCAUGUCAUUCACCAUCGACGAACACCACUUCGCUGCCGGUGACGACACUUACUCCGAAUACGGUGGAUUCUCCAGCUUCUCCGGCGAAGAAGUCCCCGUAGAUCACACACCCGCUGCGACGGAAUCGCCUGAAAUAUUCGGAUUCACCGAUCAGGAUUCAAGUUUCGCUCAGUCUCCCUUCGAACCGGUGCACGUAGUGGAAAACGGAAACGGUUACGGAGGUCAUGAUGAGGAUAUUUUUGCUUCCGACGGACCGGUGCUUCCUCCUCCCGCCGAGAUGGAGCCAGAGGAAGGUAACGUCCUUCGGGAAUGGCGCCGUCAAAAUGCCAUUCAGCUAGAUGAGAAGGAGAAAAGGGAAAAAGACAUGAGAUUGAAGAUUAUUGAGGAAGCUGAAGACUAUAAAGUGGGUUUCUAUGAGAAAAGGAAGCUCAAUGUUGAGACUAACAAGGUUCAAAACAGAGAAAGGGAGAAGUUAUACUUGGCUAAUCAAGAAAAUUUCCACAAAGAGGCUGACAAAAAUUACUGGAAAGCAAUUGGGGAGAUAAUUCCUCGUGAGGUUGCCAACAUUGAGAAGAAAAGAGGCAAAAAGGAUCAGGAUAAGAACCCAUCAGUUACCGUCCUCCAAGGCCCAAAGCCGGGCAAACCCACUGAUCUUUCUAGGUUGCGGCAGAUAUUGUUAAAGUUGAAACAUACACCACCGCUUCACAUGAUCCCUCCUCCACCUGCACCUGCUAAAGACUCCAAAGAUGCACCUGCUAAAGACUCCAAAGAUGGGAAGGAAGGAAAAGAAAACGGAAAAGAAACAGCAACUAAACCUAAUGGAUCAGCACCAGAAGUUGCACCUGAAACACAACCAAAGGAUGCUGCCAAUAUUGAGGCCACAGAUUUACCUCUGAAAGAAGCUCCUGCCACUGAGGAGCAGGCUGCUACAUAACUUUGUGUAUCAUACUUGAGUUUUCACAAUCUUCUGUUACUUUAUCCUUUGCAUUCUUAACUUUUUUUUUUUCAUGCUUAUAGUUUGUAUGGCCUUUUUUGGUUUUAUUUCCAACGUUCUGGUUUUGUAUCAAUUAAAUCCAUUAUGUCUAUUAUGACCUUGGAAAUUCAAAUGCUACAUUGGUUUUAUUACAUUCUUUAUAAAUAAUGAAGUGUGUGUUUUUUACUUUUA